AGCGAUUAUAGAUGCCAACCAGUGCUCCCAGUCAGAGAAUCAUGCCAGCAAAUGGAAAAUCUGGGACAAAACCUGAAAGAAAAAAAAAUUCAGCCUCUCCAACAGAAAAAGUCCCAGACUACGAGCCCAACAUCCCUGAGCCCACAUGCAGAGCUGACCUUCUGAAACACUGGAUCGACCUUUCCCUGGAUGACAAGACAGCCAAUAAGAUGCUGUGGAUUACUGAGGGUGGAUCCAAGGUGUCACGCAUGACUGAUAACGUCACCUGUCCCGUCCUGGAUGGACCAGAGAGAUAUGAGCAUACCCCCCAGGUUCUUUGCAAAGAGAGAAUCUUUGGUUUCCGAGCUUAUUGGGAGGUGAAGUUCUCAGGAUGGGUGGUCGCAGGAGUCGCCUACGAGGGGGCAGGGAGGAGGGGCAGCGACGGACAAUGUGGGUUUGGAGAGAAUGAUAAGUCCUGGGCUCUCGGGUGGGGUGGAUGCCGCUACCAGGUGUGGUUCAAUGGCAAUAAUUCAGAAAUCUGGGACAUCCCCGAGUGCACCACCAUUGGGGUUUACCUCGACCAGCCAGCUGGGGUCCUGAGUUUUUAUGCAGUAGAAGAAGAGAAGGAGGGAAAGGAGAGCGAAGUGAGACUGCUGCACCGGAUCGAGAGCUCCUUCAAAGGGAGGAUGGUGCCCGGCUUCUGGGUGGGACAAAAGUCCUCAUGUUUCCUAGUGAAACAUGGAGAGUAGAGUUUUCUAUAUCUGUUUUCUUACAUUUCCAGUUAAACUUACUUAUCCAAAACUUAAAAUAUGUUUCACUGCAACACAUAUUUUAAGUUAAUGCAACUAUUCUAUAUCAAAAUGUGUGUACAAAGAAACACGUAUUAUUGAAUAGCUAUGCUAUGUGUACGGGCUGCUAUGUGUACGAGUUUUCUUGUGUAUCGUUGAUCUGUUAUUUAGUCGAAAGCGAAUGUUAAAGGUCCCAUGUCAUGGCCAUUUCUACUGAUCAUAAUUCCAUUGUUGAGGUAUACUAAAAU